AUGAUUAAAAAUGUCAAAAUUGGACUACCUUUUACCCUUAAUUCAUGCAAAUUAUCAAAAGAUGGAAUAAUAGGAAUUGCAUGCGGAACUAGGGUUCAACUUAUUUCAUGGAAUACCUCAUUUCAAUCACAAAAAAAAGAUUUUCAAGUUCAAGAUAUAGAUUUAUCCUCAUACUUUGAGCUACAGGAGAAUACUUAUAUUUUUCACGAUAAAAAACAUUUUUAUCUUUCUGAAUCAUCAGAUACUUUUAUAAAGGAAAUAGAUUGGUCGCCUACAGGAGUGUCAGAAUCAAAGAAUUGCGUACUUGCUAUAUUAACGUCAAAACACGUUGUCUAUAUCUUUAAGCCAUACAAAAACCCAUAUUCAAAUAAAUGGGUUCUCCUACACAACAUUUCUAAAAUUACUAUAAAAUAUUUGUUCAAUUCCUCAAAACCGAACACUAAUAUAACUGAUUUUUUAAAAUCAAGAGCACGAUGUAUCUUAUGGUCACCAACACUUUAUACACAGGAAGAAAAAUGGGGAAAAUGCUAUCUAGGUAUAGGAAAUGAAUAUGGUGAAAUUGAACUUUGGAGCAUAACUUCAGAAGAAGCUGUUCUAAGUUUAAAGUUAAAAGUUUUAGAAACAUGGGUAACAAAACUUUCUUUUUCUCCAUGGAUACAAGAAAAUGUUAAUACAUACUGCAGCUUAUUAUCUGUAUCUGGCGAAUCCGGACCCACAAGAAUUAUAAAACUAUCAGUAUCUAUAAAUAAUGAAAACGUUUAUUUAAUCUCCCCUUCUAUAAAAAAAUUAUAUGUAGAUAAUAAUGAGUUUGAGACUCCUUCCAACAAUUCUUUAUGGCUUCUUCAAUCAACAAUAUUAUAUCUAAUUUUAAUACAUGUUGAACGAAUCUCAGUUUUUCAAUGUUCAGUAACUUUUGAUCCUAUUUUCAUAAAAUAUUUACAUACAGGGACUUUUUUACAAGCUUCAGGAACUUCUAUUAUAUAUAAUGGCAUAGAUCCUAUUGGAUUUUUAGUGGCAUAUCAUAAUGGCCUUAUACAAACUUUUACCUUUUCAAAACUUUCUAAUGAAAUAGAGCCUAUUACUAAUAAUAUUACUUCAAAACUCAAAGAACAACUUUCUGAUUACAUGCAAACGCACAGUUUCUCAGAAUUUAAUAUUAGAAUAUACGGAUUAUCGUCGCUUCCUCCAUUUCUAUAUCAGAUUUUCAUUUGCGAAAUCAUACCAUCAGAUGAGAUAAGAUAUAUUACACAUAAACAGGCGGAAGCAAAGCUAGUAUUUUUGGAGUCAUCAAAUAUUUCUAAUGAAAAAAUUUUAAAAGUUGUAGAACAAUAUGUCAUAUCAAAUACUCAUUUUUCGACAACAUGCAUGCUUUGGGAUCUAGGCUUAUCUAAAUUCUUUAACACAUCAUAUAGGGAAAUAAAUUUUUUAAAAUGCUUUGAUCACUUAAAAAAAUUUAAUAAAGAAAUAUCUGAUGAAAUAUGCCAAACCAUACCUGAUAAAUUAUUUAAUUCAAAAUUUUUAAAUUCACAAAGAUUAUUAAAUUCAAUUAUAAAUAUGUUUAAAAUGAAAAAGGAUCUAGAAACUAUUUAUCAUACAAUUAUAUCUAAUCUUCGAUCUCAUUUAAUAAUGACCGUUUUAUCAGAAUCUAAUUAUUUUCACCAACAUACAUCAUGCUCUCUUUUAACAUCCAAAGAAAGAAAAUUAAUCAUGCUUUACUGUUCAUUUAUUAUAAAUUAUUUUCCAAACGACAAUUUACUUUUAAGUCUUUUAAAAAUUUGGAAACAACACUUUCUAUCAUCCGAAUUAUUACAAAUUCAUGAUUGGAAAAUAAAUACAGAGGAGUAUUGUAACGUUUGCAAGUCAAACAUACCAUUUAAAAAUGUAGAAUUUGGAACAUGUGAAAAAAAACAUACAUGGCCAAGGUGCUCUAUAACUUUAUUUACUCUAAUGGAUACUUCCCCCAAAACUUGUCAAAAUUGCUCAAGAAAGCGUAUUUCUUUUUCAAAUCAAGACCACUCAUUUGUGUCAAAAUUGAUAGAUGCAUGUGAUAUAUGCUUUUAUUGUGGUGGGAGGUGGUAUUCGAAAAUAUAG